CUUCUCAUCUCGCAGUCUCUUACAGGAUUUGUCUUUCCCACCCUCUCCCUGAGAAAUACAGCCCCAUACAUACUCGCCCCUCAUUACGGCGUUUCAACAUGUCGUCCUACGCACCUCCGGUCGAGAAGGCCGACGUGGUCGAGGCCGAAAUGGGCCAUGCCUCUGAUCGAAGUGGAAAGACGUCAGGAACAACCCUGGAGUCUUUUGCCCACCUGGACGAGAAGAAGAUUCUUCGCAAGAUGGACAUUCGCUUGAUCCCUAUGCUUGCGCUCCUAUACCUCCUCUCCUUCCUGGACCGAGGCAACAUCGGCAACGCAAAGAUUGAAGGUCUCCAAGAAGAUCUCAAGAUGGAACCCGACCAGUACAACUGGUGCCUGACCGUUUUCUUCUUCACCUACGCAGCUUUCGAAGUUCCCUCCAACCUGCUUCUUAAGAGGCUCCGCCCUAGUGUCUGGCUUCCUACCAUCAUGGUCGCAUGGGGCACGGUGAUGACUCUGAUGGGUAUCGUACGAAGCUAUCAUGGCCUCCUCGUCGCCCGCAUUUUUCUAGGCGUCACAGAAGCGGGUCUCUUCCCCGGAGUGGCGUACUACCUGACGAUGUGGUACUGCCGUCAUGAAAUCCAAUUCCGCCAGGCAUUGUUCUUCUCAGCGGCUUCGAUUGCCGGCGCUUUCAGCGGCCUCCUCGCUUUCGGAAUCGCCAAGAUGGACGGGGUGGGCGGACUUGAAGGCUGGCGCUGGAUCUUUAUUCUCGAAGGAAUAGUUACCGUCUUGGUCGCCAUUUUGGCUUUCUUCGUCCUAUAUGACUUUCCUGAGACGGCCAGCUUCCUCACCGAUGAUGAGAGGGCAUUUGUUGUCUUUCGCCUCAAGUACCAGGGCCAAGCUCAUGGCCCCGGCCGUGAUCAAAUCCAAGUUGCUGAAGCCGAUGAGUUCAAGUGGGAGUAUGUCUGGAGCGCAUUCAAGGACUGGCAGAUUUGGGUCAACAUCUUCGUCUACUGGGGUAUUGUAUGCCCUCUGUAUGGCAUCAGUCUAUUCCUCCCGACGAUCAUUCGCAGUCUCGGACACACGUCUAGCACAUCCCAGCUCAUGACGGUUCCUAUUUACAUUACGGCUGCCAUCCUCGCCGUUGUCGUUGCGUACAUCUCGGAUCGCGUCGGAAAGCGAAGUCCCUUCAUUAUUUCGUUCCUCUGCGUCAUGAUUGUUGGUUUCACAAUGUGCAUCACGUCCAGCAAUCCCAAGGUGGUCUAUGGUGGCGUCUUUAUCGCAGCUUGUGCCAUCUACCCAGCAUUCCCUGGUGUCAUCACAUGGCUUGCCAACAACUUAGCAGGCAGCUAUAAGCGAGGCACGGGUAUGGCCCUGCAGAUUGGAAUGGGAAACUUGGGUGGUGCUAUGGCAUCAAAUUUUUAUCGACAGGCCGAUGGGCCUCGAUUUAUUCUUGGGCACGGGCUCGAACUCGGAUUUAUCUGCGCUGGUAUCGUUGCCGCGCUCAUCUUAGUCCUUGGGUACACUCAAAUCAACAAGAAGCGAGAAAUCAGGGCCGGCGAGGGUGAGGUCAGCCGAUAUACGGCCCAGGAGCUGUCUGCCAAGGGAGACAAGGCAUUGACUUGGAGGUAUAUGCUGUGAGAUGUGGAACAAUUAUCGUCCUGUGGAACAAUGCCUGGGACAAAGUCUCAACUAUGCAAAUUCAAAUUCCAAACAAUUGAAAUAAAGCCAAGGUUUCACUGAAAGAUCCUCUGAUGCACAUGAUGAAGUUUGAUAUCGCUUGGGCUGCCGGAUGCCACAUGGAUGAACACGGCUGGCGGGAAUGCUUAGUUGACAUCCGAGGCCAUGGGCUCUCCGCCGCGCAUGAGGGCUAUGAUGGAUGUCCUCUCUUCGUUGCAUAGUCGAUGGCCGUUGGUUUGAUGGCCUUGAGCAUGGGGGCAUUGUUUAUGUCGAAG